GUCCACCACGUUCAUUGUACUUGUUUGUUCAAUGAGCUCCUUGCUCGUGGCGCUUUUCCCACGAGCAUGCCAUCCUCUUCUCAGAUACUCAGCAUUACCACUUUGUUGCUUACCACGUUCAUUUCCCCCAGCCGCUGAUUGCUCCUGGUGCUGCUCCCGCACCCAACCCAAAACUUGUCAUGUGGCUGUUAGUCGCGGUCAUUGGCUUGCUGGUUCACUGUGGCCAGGGGUGCUCAAACAGUUAGCUCUAUUGGCUGCAUGAGUGCGCGUGGCGUCCCACAGACUCCUAGUAAUGUAGUCCCUGAUACCCACGGCGCUUUUGAUGAACGUAACAAGCUCAAUAAGCAAGGCGCUCCCGUCGCUGGAGAUCUCCUUCCCUGCCUUUGCGCGUGGCGCCUAUACCGCAGUAAUUUAGUUCGCAUCACCAACAGCGGCGGCAUCCCACCUGUUUAACAGUUAGCUGCUUUGUCCUUGCCCGCGGCGUACUCAUGGUACUCUUCAGCCUUGUCUGCUCUCAAUGUAAGUGACGCUCUUCUCGUAUUCA